AUGGUAGGAGUAGCCACAGUGUCGGCCGAUAUAAAUGAAGAUCGGCCAAAAAACCAGCCAAGAGUCACAGGCUUUGUAUGGCUUUUAGCCUCAAUGUCAGUACUAGGUGGCUUCCUAUUUGGAUACGACACUGGGAUAGUAUCAUCGGCCAUGUUAUACGUAGUGAAUAAUGGGGCGAUGCGGCCGAUGAACCAUCUUUGGACUGAGCUUAUCAUCGCUAUUACUCCGGGUGGGUGGAAUUUUAAAUAUCAUAGAUGAAGGAGGGGGAUGGAGAGGGAGUGGGAGGGGGUAAAAAAAUAGCAAAGGGAAGGAAAAGUAGAAAAAAAAAGAAUUUUUAAUAGGGGAGGGAGUGCAAAAAUAAGAAAAAAAAACAAAAAAUUUUUCGAAUAAUGGCAAGAACUUUCUUUACAGAACGAAAAAUGGCAACAACUUUCUUUACAAGCCAUAAAAUAGCAAGAAUUUUGUUUACAAAAACUAUUUUUAUCAAAACGGCAAGAACUUUCUUUACAAAUAAAAGAUGACAAGAACUUUCUUUACAAAACAAAAAACCGCAAGAACUUUCUUUACAAAAUAAAAAAAUUUAAAAAACUUUUUAUUAAAAAAUUUUAGCCUUCGCCGCGGUCGGGUCGAUAUUUUCCGGUAAAUUUGGCGACAAGUUUGGCCGCAAACGGUCGAUUAUUGUAUCAAGCUUUAUCUUCGCUGUCGGAGCUUUACUAUGUGGAGUUGCCACUUCUAAAAUCAUGUUGUUGGUUGGACGAGUUUUGCUUGGAUUGGCCAUUGGUGAGUUAAAAUGGCAAAAACUUUCUUUACAGAGUAAAAAGUUGCAAGAAAUUUUUUUACAAAAUAAAGAAUUGCAAGAACUUUACAGAAAAUAACAUAGCAAGAACUUUCUUUACAAAACACAAAAUAGCAAGAACUUUCUUUACAAACCUAAAAACCACUGAUUUAUUCAAAGAAAACGAGUCUGCAGGCUGCGGGUGACAAGUUAUACGAUGAAUUCACUUAGAGAAAUAACUGCAAAAACUUCGUUUCCAAAGCUUAAAAAUGUUAUUUUUAAAGUAAGUGCAAAAACUUUCUUUACAAACUCAAAAAUACCAAGAACUUUCUUUACAAACUCAAAAAUGGCAAGAACUUUCUUUACAAAACUAAAAAUGGCAAGAACUUUCUUUCCAGGCGUAGCUUCAAUGAUCGUGCCAGUCUACGUGGGUGAAUGUUCCCCCACUCACGUUCGUGGCAAACUAGUGACAAGUUUCAAUAUGAUGGUCUGUUUCGGCCAAUUCGCGGCCAGUAUUGUCGCUGGUGGUCUAGCCUACAUUGACCCCAACAAUGUUGGCUGGAGGCUGAUGUUUGGCGUCGCGGCCAUUCCAGCCAUUUUUCAGUUCGUCGGCUUCUUCUUCCUGCCUGAAAGCCCAAGGUGGCUGUACCGACAUAUGGGAGCUAAGCAGAGCAGAAAGGUGUUAGAAAGAGUGUAUGGUGGAGAUCAAGAAUGGAUUGACUUUGAGUUGGGCGAAAUCGCGGCUCUGCAUGAGCAAGAAGAACAGGCAAGGGCUGUCCAGGGUAAGAACAUUUUUUUUAAAAAUGGCAAAAACUUUCUUUACAGGCCGAAAAAAUGCCGUUUUUUAACUUUUAGCGGGUUUGCAGGCUGCGGGUGACAUGUUAUACGAAAAAUUGUGUUUUUUUUCAAAAAUAGCAAGAAUUUUCUUUACAGAAUAAAAAAUGGCAGAAACUUUCAUUACAGUGUCAAAAGAGGAAAUUAUCGUAUAACUUGUCACCUGCAGGCUGUGUAAGAAAAAAGGUACUUAAUUGCGAUUAAAUGACAAGAACUUUCUUUACAAGACAAAUAAUGGCAAGAACUUUCUUUACAAGACAAAAAAUGGCAAGAACUUUCUUUACAAGACAAAAAAUGGCAAGAACUUUCUUUACAAAGCGAAAAAUAGCAAAAACUUUCUUUCCACCUUUACCUUUAGGCAAACAAAACGUUUUGGUCAAAAUCUGGAACACUCCUCACGUCCGCCGUGCCCUAAUCAUUGGUUGUUCCCUGCAAUACUUCAACCAGCUGGCUGGCAUCAACACCAUCAUGUACUACACCGGUAGCAUCAUCAAAUCGACCGGUGUUCGCGACAAUCACGUUGCCAUUUGGCUGUCUUGUAUCACAUCGUUCUUCAACUUUGCCGCCAACCUCCUGCCGUUCUUCAUUGUGGAACGAUUCGGCCGACGACCGGUUAUAUUGUCGAGUAUGGUAGCGGUUACGGUAUCGUUGUGUCUAAUGGCUGUGAGCUUUAUAAUGGUAAAUCAGGACACAUUGCCUACGAUUAGUGCUGACAAAAUGGUUGAACUUACAGGUGAGUUGAGAAUUAGCAGGAACUUUGUUUACAGAAUGAAAAAUGACAAGAACUUUCUUUACAAAACAAGAAAUGGCAACAACUUUCUUUACAUAAUAAAAAAUUUAUACUUUUUUACGUUUCAACGGGUCUGCAGGCUGCGGAUGCCAAGUCAUAGAAAAAUUGUGUUUUUACAAGAAAUGGCAGAAACUUUCUUUACAAGCUUAAAAAUUGUUUUUUUGUUAUAAAAAAACGUUGUGCAACCUGUGGGUGACAAGUUAUACGACGAAUCCGUUCUUAUUGCAAAAAAGUAUAAAAUUACUAAAACUUUUUUUACAAAACGAAAAAUGGGGCAAGAACUUCCUUUACAAAACGAAAAAUUAAAAGAACUUUGUUUACAAAACAAAAAAUGGCAAAGACUUUCUUUAAAAGGAGAAAAUGGAAAAAAACUUGCGUACGGCCGAAUUAUUCGCGCGUACAUAAGUUCAACUAAUGUACGCGCGAAUUACAAAUAAAGAAGAAAUAAAAUUAAAAAAAAUCUUGUUUGCAGAAUAAAAAAACCAGCAUAAACUUUCUUUACAAACAGAAAAAUGGCAAAAACUUACUUUAAAAAACAAAAAAUGGCAAGAACUUUCUUUACAAACAGUAAAAUAGCAAGAAAUUUACUUAAACCGCCUUUGAAAACAUUAACUUACCUAAAAUUGCAGGAGCCCAUCCAGGAAUCAACUUCGAUGACCCGGACGUCAAAAAAUGUUUGUCAUUUACAAAUUGUGACUUUUGUGUCACUGAUGACUCUUGUGGCUUCUGUGGAGCCACCAGCUUCCCUAAACAAGGGGGUGUUUGUCUACCUAUUGAUGAGCUUAAUGCUGAUAUUAGAGCUUCUACUGGUAAGAAUUUUCUUUACAAAACUAGAAACGACGAGAACUUUGUUUAUAAAACUUAAAACGGCAAGAACUUUCUUUAAAAAACCAGAAAUGGCAAGAACUUUCUCUACAAAACAAAAAAUGGCAAGAACUUUCUUUACAGAACUUAAAAUGGCAAGAACUUUCUUUACAAAACAAGAAAUGGCAAAAACUUUCAUUACAACACAAAAAAUUACAUUUUGUAAAACUUUUAUUUUAGGUUUCUGUGGCACAAACUCCCCGUCCUUCAUGCACAACGUGUCUGGCGUUGAAUUCGAAUGGACUGACGCCUUUUGCGAGAACAAAUACACCAUAUUGCCAUUUAUUAUCAUGGUAAUAUACCUAAUCAGCUUUUCAUCUGGUUUAUCACCAAUGCCAUGGGUAUUGAACGCCGAAUUCUAUCCAAUCUGGGCCCGUGGCACUUGUGUGUCAUUGUCAACUUUCUCUAAUUGGAUUGCCAAUUUGGCUGUCUCUAUGACAUAUCUUACUCUUACUACGACUAUUACUCGAUAUGGUAAGAAAUUUUUUUUUAGUUUUUUGUUUAUUUAUUGACCUAUUUUAACAGGUUAAACCUAUUUUUAUUGUGAUUUUUUCAAAAUAUUCAAAAAAUUAAACUUUGACGAAAUGUCACAAAAUUUAUUGGGUUUUUCGGACCUUGUUUUUAAAGCUUAAAAAAAUCAAUCGAUUUUGAAAAAGUUAAGAGAAUAUCACAUUUUAAGCACAUUUGAAAACAAUAUCAACCUUUAGGCACAUUCUUCCUGUACGCCGCCAUCACAGCAUUCGGUUUUGUGAUAGCAUACCUUUAUGUACCUGAGACCAAAAAUCAUUCAUUGGAUGAGGUAGAAAUGUUGUUUAUGAAUCAUGAAGAACUAAUGAAACACAAAUCUUCAUUGAAGAGUCUGCAAUCUCCAAAGACUUCAGUUUUAUUCCAAAAUAAGGCAUAA